AUGUCAGGUCCAAGGCCCGUGGUGCUGAGCGGCCCCUCCGGCGCAGGGAAGAGCACUCUGAUGAAGAGGCUGAUGAAGGAUCACGAAGGCGUGUUUGGAUUCAGCGUGUCACACACGACAAGAAACCCACGACCAGGAGAGGAAGAUGGCAAAGAUUACCACUUCACAACGAGAGAGGCCAUGGAGGAGGGAAUCAGCAAUGGCGACUUCAUUGAGAACGCACAGUUUUCCGGCAACAUGUACGGAACAAGCACAGCAGCUGUAGAAGACGUGCUGGCCAGGAACCUGAUCUGCAUCCUCGAUGUGGACAUCCAGGGAGUGAACAGGAUUAAACAGACUGACCUGAACCCCAUCUACAUCUCCAUCCAGCCUCCUUCCAUGGAGAUCCUAGAAGAACGUCUGAGGGACCGGCAGACCGAAACAGAGGAGAGUUUACAGAAACGUCUGGAUGCGGCGCGCAUCGACAUGGAGCUCAGUAAGGAGCCAGGAGUGUUUGAUGUUGUUAUUAUCAAUGACGACUUAGAGAGGGCCUACAAGGAGCUGAAAGAUAUCCUCAAUGAGGAAAUCCAAAAAGUUCAGGAGGCCAAAUAA